AUGAUAGAAACCGUACAAAACUCAAUGGAAAGCUUUGAAAUGCUUGGUGUAUGCCUUCUGUUCCUCUCCUUGGUAACCAUGUGUUCCACUUUGGAGUUGAUUACUCCGACCCAACCCCUGAGAGAUAGUAAGAAUGAGAAUGGAACUCUUGUCUCAACAAAUGGAACCUUUGAAGCAGGAUUCUUCAGCCGUGAAAAUUCCGGUAGCCGUUACCUUGGAAUUUGGUACAAAAACAUAUCCCCUAGAACAGUUGUCUGGGUAGCCAACAAAGAAACACCACUUCAAGACCACUCCGGAGUCUUAGAAGUAGACAGUAAAGGGUUUCUUAGUAUCAAAGAUGGUACAGGAGCCAAAAUAUGGUCCUCAAAUACAUCACAGACACCAAGCAAGUCAGCUGUUAUGGAGUUGUUAGAAUCAGGAAACAUGGUUGUGAAAGAUAGCCAUAACAACUUUUUAUGGCAAAGCUUUGAUUACCCUGAUGACACUUUACUUCCAGGAAUGAAACUUGGAAGGAACUUCAAAACUGGUCAUCAUCGAGCUCUAAGAUCUUGGACAUCCUUAGAAGAUCCUACUCCAGGUCAAUUUUCAUUUGGUGUUGAUACUCGUGGCCUUCCUCAAUUAGUCAUAAAAAACGAGACUAGUGAUGACAUAGUUUAUAGACCAGGGUCAUGGAAUGGUCUUAGUGUCACAGGACUACCUGGAGAAAUAACUGACCCCUUAAUUAAAUCCCUUUUUGUUAUGAAUGAAGAUGAAGUCUUCUAUGAGUUUGAACUCUUGAAGAGUUCAACUAAACUGAGAAGCCGAUUGACCCCAGAAGGGUAUCAAGUACGUUUAGUAUGGUCAGAUCAGAGUAAAAAAUGGGAUACCCACUUUCCUGGUCCAUUUGAUGUGUGUGAGAGAUAUGCCUUGUGUGGUGCAAAUACUAUUUGCAAUGUGAGUGGAACAAGUCAACACUGUGAAUGCUUGAGUGGAUUCCAUUCCAACUUUGCAGAUUCAACUUGUGAUCGAACAACCCCUCUAGAUUGUAACAAGGGAGAUAAAUUUCAGAAGUACCGGGGAAUGAAAUUGCCAGACACAUCUUCAUCUUGGUUUGAUAAGACAACUAGUCUUCAGGAAUGUGAGAAAUUGUGCUUGAGCAACUGCUCUUGUACUGCAUAUGCUCAAUUGAAUAUCAGUGGCGAGGGAAGUGGUUGCUUGCAUUGGUUUCAUGACAUUAUUGACAUCAGGAUACUACCACAGGGUGGACAAGAUUUUUAUCUACGAAUUACAGCUUCAGAGUUUCAAGAUCGCGGUUUCAACAGGAAGAUAGCAGGAAUUGUUGUUGGCUGUACUAUAUUCAUCAUUACAAUUAUAGUAUUUGGAUUGGUAUUUUGCAUUAAGAGGAAGAAACUGAAGCAAUCAGAAACAAAUUACUGGAAGGACAAGAAUAAGAAGGAUAACAUUGAUUUACCAAUAUUCGACUUUUUAUCCAUCUCCAAGGCCACAAAUAACUUUUCUCAGAGUAACAAAUUGGGAGAAGGGGGAUUUGGACCGGUGUACAAGGGCAUAUUAUCUGAUGGGCAAGAAAUUGCAGUUAAGAGGCUUUCCAAAACUUCUGGACAAGGUUUGGACGAGUUCAAGAAUGAAGUCAUGUUGAUUGCAAACCUUCAACACCGGAAUCUUGUAAAGCUUCUUGGUUGUUCCAUUCAGCAAGAUGAAAAGAUGUUAAUUUAUGAAUUCAUGCCAAAUAGAAGCUUGGACUACUUUAUUUUUGAUUCAACCAGACAAACAUUAAUAG